GCCGCAAACCCAGGAAAUAGCAUCUCCAUCACCCAGCUGUGUAUCUAUGAAGAGUGACUGGUCCAUGGAUCCCUCUCAGAAUUUCAGCAGUGGAGCUGUGGCCUCUAACCCAAGGAGGCAUCCCUUCACAGCAGUAGCACUGCAGACAGACACACAGUUAGAGAAGACUGGAGACCUGCAGCAAGAUUUUUACAAACCAGUAGAUGAUGUGCUGCACAGAGUCUUAGAGAGACACAAAACCAGAAUGAAGAACAAAUACAAUAGUUUAUUUGAGGGAAUCAAAUCACAAGAAAAUAAAACCCUCCUGAACACAAUUUAUGUACAGCUCUACAUCAUAGAGGGAGAGACUGAAGGAGUGAAUGAAGAACAUGAAGUUUUACAAAUGGAGAAAAAGCCCAAGAAACACAUGCAAGACACUUCAAUCAACUGCAAUAACAUUUUUGAACUCUCACUUGAACAAGGAUUUAAUGAAGAUAGAAAAUACCAAGAGGAAAAGCUCAGAACUGUGCUGACUAAAGGCAUUGCUGGCAUUGGAAAAACAGUCUCUGUUCAGAAGUUCAUUGUGGACUGGUCUGAAGGAAAAGCCAACCAGGAUGUAGUUUUCAUGUUUGUGCUUUCAUUCCGGGAGUUAAAUUUGAUUAAAGAUCGCCAGUACAGUUUUCAUAGACUUCUGUGUGAUUUCCAUCCUGAAGUUAAAGACCUGGACCCAAAGACAUAUGACCUAUACAAAAGUGUGUUCAUCUUUGAUGGACUGGAUGAAAGCAGAAUUCCACUGAACUUUACACAGUGUGAGAAAGUUUCUGAUGUAACCAUGACAUCAUCAGUGGGUGUGUUGAUGACAAACCUCUUCAAAGGAGAGCUGCUUCCCUCUGCUCACAUCUGGAUAACCUCUCGACCAGCAGCAGCCAAUCAGAUUCCCUCUAAGUACAUCAACCGUGUGACAGAAAUUCAGGGAUUUAAUGAUCCACAAAAAGAGGAAUACUUCAGGAAGAGAAUCAGUGACCAAGACCAAGCCAACAGUAUCAUCUCACACAUUAAGACUGCAAGAAGCCUCCAUAUCAUGUGCCACAUUCCAGUCUUCUGUUGGAUUUCAGCCACUGUGCUUAAGAAUUUCAUGAAACAGUAUAUCGACGUUGAAAUCCCCAAAACUCUGACAGAAAUGUACAUACAUUUCUUACUUAUACAGACGAACAUAAAAAUACAGAAGUACAAAGAAAGUGAAGAAAGAGAUCCAAAGAAACUUUCACAAUAUAACAGGGAGAUGAUUCUGAAACUGGCUGAACUGGCUUUCAAACAGCUGAUGAAAGGCAAUGUGAUGUUUUAUGAAGAGGAUCUGAGAGAGUGUGGCAUUGAUGUCACCGAGGCCUCGGUAUACUCUGGGAUAUGCACUGAGAUCUUUAAGGAAGAAACUGUGCUUUAUUGGAGGAAGGUCUACUGCUUUGUGCAUCUGAGCUUUCAAGAGUUCCUGGCCGCUUUCUACGUGUUUCACUGCUAUGUGUGCCAGAACGCGGAGACAUUGCUAUUGUUUAAACCACAGAACAAAGAGUGGUCUGAGAUGGUUAUGCUGGAAGAGCUGCUGGAGGGAGCAGUAAAUAAAGCCUUAAUGUCUCAGAAAGGACACUUGGAUCUUUUCCUUCGUUUCCUGCUAGGUAUUUCACUGGAGUCCAAUCAAAAACUCCUCCAGGGCAUACUGACACACAUGCAGAGUACCUCAGAGAGUAUAAACAAAAUCAUAAAGAUGAUGAUGGACAAAAUGAAACAAAGAAAGUGUCUCCCUACUGAGAGAUCCAUCAAUCUGUUCCUCUGUCUGACUGAAAUGAAUGACCAGUCUCUCUCCAGAGAGAUUCAUCAGUAUCUAAACUCUGAGAAGCAUGCAGAAAAGACACUUACUCCAGGACAGUGUUCAGCGCUAGCCUGUAUGCUUAUGGUCUCAGAUGACGUGCUGGAUGAGUUGGAUCUGAAGAAAUAUAACACAUCAGUGGAGGGCUACAGAAGACUGAUCCCAGCUGUGAGCAAAUGCAGCAAGGCUCUACUGGCUCGCUGUAAUCUCACUACAAAUGUCUGUGAAACAGUAACUUUGGCGCUGCAGUCACCCAAUUCCACUUUGAAAGAACUGGACCUCAGUUACAACAGCCUGCAGGAUUCAGGAGUGACGCUACUCUCUGCUGGACUGAGGAGUUCACACUGUAAACUGGAGAUACUCAGGCUAGCUGGCUGCAAUCUCACCACAAAUGCCUGUGAAACCCUCAGCCAUACUCUGAAAUCAGGAACAUCCCUUCUGAAAAUGCUGGACCUCAGUAACAAUGACCUGCAAGAUUCAGGAGUGAAACUACUCUGUGAUUGGUUGAUUAGCCCACACUGUAAACUGGAAAAUUUUAGAUUAACUGCCUGCAGUUUCACCAUGAUCUCCUGUCGACCUCUCUGCUUUGUUCUCAAAUCAGCAAACUCCCUCCUUAAAAUAUUGGACCUCAGUAACAAUGACCUGCAGGAUUCAGGCAUAGAGCUGCUCUCUGAAGGACUUAACAGUUCACACUGUAAACUAGAGACACUCAGGCUAAUUGGCUGUAAUCUCACUAUGAGUUCCUGUGAAAAUUUCUGCUUUGCUCUACAAUCAGCAAACUCUCAUUUAAGAGAACUGGACCUCAGCAACAAUAAUUUUAAUAAUUCAGGAGUGGAUCUGCUCUGUAGUGGGCUAAAGAGUUUGCACUGCAAACUGGAGAUACUCAGCCUGGCUAGCUGUAAUCUUACUGUGAAUUCUUGCAAAGUGCUUGCAUCAGCUCUGCAAUCAUUAAACUCAUCCCUGAAAGAGCUGGAUCUCAGUAACAAUGACCUGCAGGAUUUAGGAGUGGAGCUGCUCUCAGUUGAAUUGAAAAGUUCACACUGUAAACUGGAGAUACUCAGAUUAUCUGGUUGUAUGAUCACAGAGGAAGGCUGUUGUUCUCUGGCUUCAGCACUGACUUCAAACCUCUCACACCUGAAAGAACUGGAUUUGACCUAUAAUCACCCAGGAGAGUCAGGAUUGAAGCUACUCUCUGCUAGACUGGAGGACCCACACUGCUCACUGAACACUCUCAGGGUGCAACAUGCAGGGAGGUUCAGAAUCAAACCAGGAAUAAAGAAAUAUUCCUAUGAACUCACACUGGACCCAAACACAGCACACACCAGUCUCUCUCUGUGCGAAGGGAACAGAAAAGUGGUGCAUGUGAGAGAGCAGCAAUCAUACCCUCAUCAUCCAGAAAGAUUUGAUUACUAUGAGCAAGUGCUGUGUAGAGAGAGUGUGACUGGACGUUGUUACUGGGAAGCUGAGUGGAGUGGAAGAGAGGCUGAAAUAGCCAUUACAUAUAAAACAAUUAGUAGGAAAGGAGAUGGUUAUGACUGUGUGUUUGGACUGAAUGAAAAGUCCUGGAGUCUUCUCUGCUCUAAUGACAGAUAUAUUGUUUGGCACAAUAAUAACAGAACUGACAUUUAUGCUCCUCUCCCCAGCUCUAAGAGAAUAGGAGUGUAUGUGGACUGUCCAGAUGGCAUUCUGUCCUUCUACAGUGUCUCCUUUGACACACACACACUGACACACUUAUACACGCUCUACUCCACAUUCAAUGAACCCCUCUAUGUAGGAUUUAGGGUUUGGGGUGCUGACACCUCAAUGUGUAUCUGUAAGAUAGAAUAGCCAGUGGCACUUUAUUUUAUGUAUGGUAAGUACCUAGUAUUGAACAGAUAAAUAUUUACAAGUAAUUUUCUGGUACAUACGUCCCAUGUACAGAGUAAAUUAUGCAAAACUAACAGGUAUGUAUAAAAUUUAAUAUAUAAAUAUGCAGCACUUAUAAGUGAUUUUCUAGUACA